CGCGUCGCUGAGGAAGGAGGGGUGCUAUAUGCGCGCCCCUGGGUGACAGGUCGGAAGUGUGUUUCUGGCAGGCACCGCCCCGGGGGAUACCUAGUGACUACGUCCCGAGAAGUAAGAGAAAAAACAUCCCAGGGAACGUGAAGGAAAAAAGUGAACCGUCUUUCUUUGGUGUCUUGUUUCAUUCGGUUUCCUGCUGCACUGGUCUCUUUGUUGUCCUGUAAAUUAUAUUACCUUAGCACGUGUUAUGAAGGCAAUGAUUUAAAUUUUAUGAAGAGAAGGAAAACCCAAUCCGUUUUAAAGGACUCUGGAUCUGAAUCUUCGCCAUUUUUGUUUAAUGGCUAUUGAUUAUAACAGCAGUUAGAAGAGCUGCAAUGCUAUGCCAACCCUGAUGAUCUGGUUUUCUACUGGAAUUAACUGCAGACGACUAGUUUUGUGAUUGUUUCUGAUAUACGACUACAUUUGUGGAACAUUUAAAUGUGAAUGUGCAAAGCUGCAAAUGUUGGCUGGCAGGUUCUGAAGCAGCCUCCUGCAAAUCAGCUAAAGAGAGCAAGGGAUGGCAUCCAGAGAGAGACUCUAUGAGUUAUGGAUGCUUUAUUGCAAUAAGAAGGACCCAGACUAUCUGCGGCUGUGGUUGGACAGUUUUGUUUCCGGUUAUGAACAAUUCCUUGAUGUUGAUUUUGAUGAAUUGCCAACCAGGAUUGACGAUGAACCUCCAGGAUUGUCACUGCUUCCCGAUCAUAUCUUGCAAGUGCUUAGACUCCAGCUGCUAUACUGUGUGCAAAAGACUGCCGAUGGAAUGGAAGAGGAGCAGCAGACCCUCUCACUCUUGCUUGUCAAGUUUUUCAUCAUCAUAUGCAGAAAUCUUUCCAAUGUGGAAGAAAUUGGAUGCUGUUCUUACAUAAACCAUGUUAUUACAAUGACAACACUUUAUGUGCAGCAGCUUAAAAGCAAUACAAAGGAGAAAGAACUCAUGGACCAAUCAUCUACUGAGGAGUUUGUACGGCAUGCCCUGGUAUUUUGUGAAAGCCUUUAUGAUCCAUAUCGAAAUUGGAGACAAAUCAUUGCAGGAAAGAUCAUCUGCCCAGUGGAGAAAAGUAGACAGAAAUACAAAGCAGCUUCCCUCACUGUUGAAUUCAUACCUUUCUUUUAUCAGUGUUUUCAAGAAAGUGAACAUCUCAAAGAAAGCUUGAAGUGUUGCCUGCUGCAUCUCUUUGGGUCCAUCCUUUCUGGUUCCCAGAGAAAUGCACUUCAGGCAAUCUCUCCAGCCACAAUUGAAGUCCUGAUGCGUAUCUUGGCAGAUUGUGAUACUUGGAAUGAUGGAGACACAGGUGAAGUGAGUCGAAAGGCUGAGCUAACCCUAAAAUGUUUGACAGAGGUCAUUCACAUCUUGUUGGUCAGCAGUUCUGACCAGAGACAGGUAGAGAUAAGCACUAUUCUGGAGAACUAUUUCAAGCUGCUCAACUCUGACCAUUCAGCAUUAUCCAGCCAAAGGAGAUCCAGGCACUGGGAAAACAGAUUUAUUACACUACAGAUUAAGAUGCUGACCUGUAUGACUGAUAUGUUAAACUGCAAAGACAGACCAGUUCUGCAAGCAAUUUUUCUUAACAGCAACUGCUUUGAACAUCUUAUCCGACUGCUACAGAAUUGCAGGCUUUUGUUAAACGCUAACUAUAGAGGGGCAGAAAAGAGUGAAAAAGAACUUGUCAACAAAUUACUGACAGAAAUGAAUGAAAAUCAGGUUUUUCAGGAAAGGUUAGAUCGUUUAUCUGUAACAACCAUUCAGGCUCUUACAGCAGUGAAGCAUAAAUCUCCUUCUGCAAAGGAAGUUUUUAAAGAAAGAAUAGGUUAUGCACACUUUCUUGAUGUAUUAAAAUCACUGGGACAACCAACUCGGCUAUUACUAGAAGAGCUUCUAAACAUGGCUGUUGAGGGAGAUCAUAACAUUGUUGGAAUUUUGGGAAUCAGUAAUGUUCAGCCCCUGCUGCUGCUUAUUCAGUGGUUGCCAGAGAUACAGUCCCAUGAUCUACAAAUCUUUAUCUCUGAGUGGCUAAAGAGGAUCUGCUGCAUAAACAAGCAAAGCCGAACAAUGUGUGUUAACGCCAACAUGGUUAUUCGUAUUAUAGAGACUCUAAAUUCACACUAUUCUCUUCAUCGAGCCUGCGCUGAAAACCUCAUUGGCCUUUUGGGUUCUCUGGGAAGCCAGUCAAUGAGCUCUGAAGAGUUAUUUCACCUAUUAAGCUUGCUAAGAACUAAAGAACACAAGCAAAGUCACCCUUAUGUGAUACCUGUCACCCGGGCCUUGCUCGCAAUAACUCGAAAGCAGGGAUUAUGUAGUGCCUUGCAGUACUUCAACUUGUCCCAUAGCUUGGCAGGUAUAGCUGUGCCCACUGUACAAAAAUGGCCUGGUUCUGCCUUUUCAUUUUUUGCUUGGCUUUGUCUGGAUCAGGACCAGUCAUUUUCUGCUGUUUCAAGCAGUGGAACAAAGAGAAAACAGUUAUACAGCUUUUUUACCAGCAGUGGUACGGGCUUUGAAGCAUUUAUUACUUCCUCUGGGGUUCUUGUUGUUGCAGUAUGCACAAAAAAGGAAUAUGCCACGGUUAUGUUACCCGACCAUUGCUUUUGUGAUUCAUUAUGGCAUAAUGUAACAAUUGUUCAUGUGCCUGGAAAAAGACCCUUUGGACAAAGCUUUGUUUAUAUCUAUGUGAAUGGCCAGCAGAAAGCCUCGGCCCCUCUCAAGUUUCCUUCUAUGAAUGAAGCUUUCACAUCUUGUUGUAUUGGCUCAGCUGGCCAGAGAACCAAUACUCCACCACCCUCUCAGAUCCCAGACCCACCCAUAUCUCCUCCAAGUGCUGGCACUAGGACAUCAUUGGGUGGAAUUCUGUCUUCUCCUUCUUGGAGUGGCACACAUGGAAAGACUGAUGGUGUGACAAAAUUAAUAUCAGCAGGGACACAAGACAGUGAAUGGGGAUCUCCAACAUCACUGGAGGGACAUCUUGGGUCUGUUCUUAUUUUCCAUGAUGUGUUGCAAGCUGCACAGGUGAAGACUCUUUAUUUGGCAGGUCCAAAUAGUCUGAGUCUAUGGAAAUCGCAAGAAUCUGAGUUAACAGACUUACCCACAAAGCUGCUUCUCUACUACACACCAAAGGCUUGCAAAAAUCCCAUCUGCCUGGAUUUGUCAUCUAAUGUUUUGCAUGGAAGAUUAACUGGGAACAAAGUUGUGAACUGGGACAUCAAGGACAUGAUUAACUGCAUUGGUGGUUUAAAUUCACUGUUUCCCCUGCUGGAGCAGAUCAGCUAUUUAAAUGAACUUCCAUGUGAAAAAACAGACUCCUGUGUUACUGCCACUGAACAUCUGACUCCUAUAGAAGGGGACUUUGUUGUUUUGUCAUCAACUAAAGCUUCAGAGGCUCGUUUGGAAAAAAACAUUGUAGCAACUUUUAUUUUGUUAAUAAAGCACCUUAUUCAGAGACAUCCAAUCAACCAGGAAGUUCUUACUUACUCUCAUGGAGUUGCUACCCUAGGAGUUCUACUUCAGAAGGUAUCGGGCAACUUAAUGGAUGUAAAUGUUCUUAUGGCUGUGCAGCUACUUAUUGAGCAGGUGUCUGUGGAAAAGAACACUUUACUGCUACAGCAGAUGUACCAGUACCUCCUCUUUGAUUUUCGUAUCUGGAAUCGAGGUGAUUUCCCUUUUCGAAUUGGGCACAUACAAUAUGUUUCCACUAUUAUUAAGGACAGUAGGAAACUUUUCAGAAAGAAAUAUGGCAUUCAGUUUCUUUUGGAUACAAUAAGAAUAUAUUACAGUAAAGAAAAUGCAUUGGCGGCAGAUGAUCUGACAACAAUAAGAACAUCAUUGUUUGGAUUAAUCAAAUAUUUCCUCAGCAAGGGUGGGGCUCCAGAAGAAAUUCAGAGUAUUAUUGGAUACAUAGCUGCCAUCACUGAUGAGGAACAGAUAUAUGGGAUUUUAGAAAUCAUUUUACAUCUUCUUAAUGGCAGCCCAGUUCUAGACCAACUGUUUUUACUUCUCUUUGAACCUGGAAGUGCUGACAUGCUGUAUGCAUUAUUGUUGAAUCAGAGAUAUUCUGACAAGUUGAAAGAAACUGUCUUUAAGAUAUUCGAGCAAAUGCUAAAGUGUAACAAAGUUUAUGAGAAAAGUAAGCAACGUAUUCGCCUCCGGGAAGUGGGAUACUCAGGACUGGGCUUGCUUCUUAAUGAUUCAUCUAUCAGCACUGUACUAAUUAAAGGACUCCUAAAUCAGAUCCUUACUGCAGAUACUAUAAAUUACAAGGACCUGCUGGCAGUGGUACAUUUAUCCACCAGAGCGGACCUUACCGUACGAGUCGCCGUCUGCAGAAAGAUUUUGCAGCUUUUACAGUUCCAGCAUGAUGCAGCUUUUCAGGUAUGCCAACAAGUUGGCUGGCAAGAGACUUUGGUGAGAUUUUUCUUGAAGGAGAAUUUGGAGUGCAAGAGCAAUUUCAGAGCUUCGUGUACAGAUAGUAUUAAGGAAGAUGAACAAAAUGCUGUUUCUGAAGAGACACAGAAGCAAUCUUCUGAAGAAGUGGUUAUGGAUCAAGCUGAUGGCUGUACACUGAAUAAUAAUCAGUACAAUAGUUAUUUUCCCGAAGAAAGCAAGUCACUCGAUUCAAGUAACCAGUCCUCAUGUGCAUUGCUAGAUGAUGAAGAGUCUAUCUUUAGUGAGGCCCAGUAUAAGGUAGAAGACCAAGGAAAUGACUGGCCCAGUGACCAUUCACAUCUCACUUUGGAUUUGACUCCUUUCGAUGCUGGAUUUAGGGAAAACCAAAUUCCGGGAAGUCUUCCCAGCACUCCAUCCCCAGUGGAGAACUCAAAGCAGUUUGUUAUGAACCAGUCAGAUAAAGACUCCAACAGUUUAAAAAAUGUGUUCUUCAGAGAUGAUCUUUCUCUAAGUGUUAAUAUGGAGAGCAGAGAGGACUGUGAGGAGGAACUUGUGCAACUGGUCACUGAUAUAUUGCUGUGCCUGAUGUGGAAAGGACUUGAUAAAUCUGAUAGUGCUACAUGGAUCGAAAGAGGCCAAAUAUUCUCAGCACUGACCUGUUUGGAAUCUUCCAGCAUGUUACUGAGAUCUUCUGAUGAAAUUAAAUUGAAUUUGUUAGAGAAAAUGCCAGAAUGGGCAGUGACAGAGAACAGAGAAUCAAAAUCCCAACCGAUCUACUGUGAAAAUGCAAAGAGGUUAUUGCACAUUGUACAGGAUUUCCUACAAACAGAGGGUCUUAAAAAUCCUGUCCUUUGGACCGAGAAGCUGUUGGAAGAGAUAGUCACCCUUAUGGAUGGUAUCUCGGUAUGGUACUCAUCUGGUCCAGAAUCGGAGUCCCUCUCUCAGUUGGAGUUUCGUCUUUUGCUUGGUUUUAUUGCUCAGGACAAUCUGCAGGUGUGUGCCAUGGCUGCUGCAAAGCUCAACACUCUGCUGCAAACCAAAGUAAUUGAGAACCAAGAAGAAGCCUGUUACUUAUUAGGAAAACUUGAAGGCAUUCUUGGCAAAUCCAUCAAGGAGAAGACAGAAACCUAUUCUUUUCUUAUCCCUAUUGUGCGGACUCUUGUAUCUAAGAUUUACCAGCUACUCUUUAUGCACCUACAUUUACCAUCUCUUCCUAUAACUAAUGGCAAUCCUUCACUGUUUGAAGAUUUUCAGGAAUACUGCAACUCUGACGAAUGGAGAAUCUUUAUUGACAAAUAUAUAAUACUGUACAUGAAGCAAUAUGAAGUGGAUACAUUUGGCAAAUGUCAUGAACAGAUGGCUACAUACUGGAAAGAGUGUUAUGAAGCACAGAUGGUGAAUAUGCACAAACGUGAACGAGAACGAGGUGAAAGCAAGUUGAAAUUUAAGGAAUUCUUUUUGGAACCAUUUAAUAGAAAAACUCGUCAGGAGAACUCGCGUUACAACAAUAUGCUUAAGCAAGUAAACAGUCAGUACACGGCUACAUUGAGACAAUGGAAGGCUGCACAAAGAUAUCUGUUCUGUGAACGUGGACCAUGGGCUGACAGGAAAGAAAACUGGCAAUACUGGAAACUAUCCACUGUAGAAAAUUAUUCACGCAUGAGGCUCAAACUUGUUCAGAAUCUCAAUUUUGAUGCUCAUUUGGAAGCCAGUGCAUUGCGGGACAAUUUAGGUGUCCAACAAACAGAGCCUUCAAGCGAAUCACUGUUGUUGGAAGCUGCAAAGCAGGUGAAGGUUAGUGACUUAGAAGAAGAUCAACUUGAACUUCCAGAAGAGGAAAACGUUGUAAACAUGAAUGAUAAAGAAGAACAGAUUCAAAAGGAGAAGCUUGUUUUGUCAGAGGAGUGUGACCUUAUCACUGUAAUGGAUGCAAUCUCUGGUCAUCUGGAAGUCACAACGCAACAUAUUUAUUUUUAUGAUGGCAGUACUGAAAAAGAAGAAGGUGUUGGUUUCGAUUUCAAGUGGCCCCUUUCCCAAAUCCGAGAGAUCCAUUUGCGUAGGUACAACCUGCGGAGAUCCGCACUGGAGAUAUUUCUAAUUGACCAGACAAAUUAUUUUCUGAAUUUUAAAAAGGAGGUUAGAAAUAAGGUAUACAGUCGAAUUCUUUCACUUCGUCUUCCUAACAUAUAUGGAACCCGGUCACCACAGGAACUACUGAAAGCAUCUGGCCUUACUCAGAAAUGGGUGAACAGGGAGAUUUCAAAUUUUGACUACCUCAUACAGCUGAAUACAAUAGCUGGAAGAACUUACAAUGACCUUGCACAAUACCCUGUGUUUCCAUGGGUGUUGCAAGACUACACAUCAGAAGAGUUGGACCUUAAUAACCCUGCAGUCUUUAGGGACUUAUCUAAGCCUAUUGGUGUGGUAAAUGAGAAAAAUGCUGCAAUUGUGAAGGAUAAAUAUGAAAGCUUUGAAGAUCCUCUGGGGACAAUUGACAAGUUUCACUAUGGUACACACUACUCAAAUGCUGCUGGUGUAAUGCAUUACUUGAUUCGAGUUGAACCUUACACUACCUUGCAUAUCCAGCUGCAAAGUGGACGAUUUGACUGUGCUGAUCGUCAGUUUCAUUCCAUUCCUGCUACUUGGCAAGCUCUUAUGGAUAACCCAAAUGAUGUGAAGGAGCUUAUACCUGAGUUUUUCUAUUUUCCAGAAUUCUUGGAGAAUAAAAAUGGGUUUGAUUUGGGACACCUACAGAUUACCAAAGAACAAGUGAAUGAUGUUAUUCUCCCUAAAUGGGCCAAAUCACCAGAAGAUUUCAUCCUUAAGCACAGGAAAGCACUGGAGUCAGAAUUUGUUUCGGCUCAUCUACAUGAAUGGAUAGAUCUGAUCUUUGGGUACAAGCAAAGGGGACCAGCUGCAAUAGAAGCUCUCAAUGUUUUCUAUUAUUGCACCUAUGAAGGAGCUGUGGAUCUUGAUGCCAUUGCAAAUGAAAAAGAAAGAAAAGCUUUGGAAGGAAUGAUUAACAAUUUUGGACAAACACCUUGCCAAUUGUUAAAAGAACCUCACCCAACUCGUCUUUCAGCAGAGGAAGUUUAUUUAAAACAAAGUAAAUUAGAUAAUGUUACACUGAAUCUGUUCCAGAACCUCCCCGACUUGAAAUCAUUUUUUAUAGAGGGGAUUAGUGAUGAUGUUCCUGUUGUCAAGGCUAUUGUUCCUAAGAAUCAGUUGCGUUCUUUUUUGUCCCCUGGAAGCCCAGAAUUGCUGGUGACAGUAAGUCAGACCCUAAUCAUUGGCACACAUGGCUGGCUUCCUUAUGACAGAACUAUCUCCAAUUAUUUCACAUUCUCAAAGGAUCAAACUGUAACGAAUCCAAAGACUCAGCGGCUUGUGUCUGGCCCUUUUGCACCUGGACUUGAAAUUACUUCAAAAUUAUUUGUGGUGUCACAUGAUGGCAAAGUACUUUUCAGCGGUGGGCACUGGGACAACAGCAUUCGAGUCACAUCUCUCACCAAGGGCAAAGUGACCAGCCAGCACAUCAGGCACAUGGAUAUUGUUACCUGUUUAUCCACUGAUUUCUGUGGUAUUCACCUAAUUUCUGGCUCUCGGGACACAACAUGUAUGAUUUGGCAAAUAGGACAGCAAGGUGGAGAUUUGUCUUCUAAACCUCUGCAGAUUCUCUAUGGACAUACAGAUGAAAUAACUAGUGUCUGCAUUAGCACAGAGUUAGAUACAGCAGUGUCUGGGGCAAAGGAUGGAGCAGUUAUUAUUCAUACAAUUCGAAGAGGCCAGUAUGUGAGAACAUUAAAACCUCCCAGUGAAAGCUCUCUGCUCAUGAGUAUUCCAAAUUUGGCAAUGUCCUUGGAUGGGCAUAUAGUCAUCCACAGCAGUAUUGAAGGGAAGAGUAUUAAGAACAAGAAUGCACUGCAUCUUUACAGUAUAAAUGGAAAGUAUCUCGUUUCUGAACUUCUGAAGGAGCAAGUGACCGACAUGUGCAUCAUUUCAGAGAACAUUGUGUUAGGGAGCAGGCAAGGAUUUCUGUCUAUAAGAGACCUCUACAGCUUGAAUCUCAGCCUCACUCCACUGGUAAUGCGGGUUCCCAUCCACUGUGUUUCUGUGACAAAGGAAAACAGCCACAUCCUAGUUGGCCUGGAAGAUGGUAAACUGAUCAUUGUGGGCAUUGGUAAACCAGCGGAAGCAAGAUCAGGUCAAAUUUCCAGAAAACUGUGGGGAUCCAGCAGGCGACUCAGCCAGAUAUCAUCCGGUGUGACUGAAUAUAACACACAAGCCACCUAACUAUUCCAUUCCCAUCAACACACAUGGUCUACAGAUGAGACAAGUCUCUGUAUUAUAUAGAAAAUAUUACUAAUUUAUACUUACAGACAUACCAUUACAGAGCAGGUGAAUUUCAGUGUGGACUACCCAUCCACAAUAGACAAUCUGUGUGCUUUAUCUAUUCAAAAUGCUGCUUUUUCCAGGCACUGCUUCUCAAAACACUACUUACUUAUUCCCAGAUUCUGCAGCAGGAAGAAAAUAACUCAUUCCAUGUAUAAAUGCAGACUCCUUUAUUUUUUUUGUUGCACUCUUUCAUAUUACUUUACCUUUACUUGCUAUAGUUGGAAUAUUUGAUCUUAACUUUUCAUGACAACAUUUCAUGAGUUCCAUGCUCUUUAGGGACCCAAUACAACAUUUAUUUAAUGUUGUAAUUAGUAUACAGAUCAGCAUCCAUGAUAUAUAACCCGGACUACAUCAGCAAGCCUAACCAUAACAAAGCCAUAACUAAGAAGCUGCAGUGUACUCUUUAAUGCAAUUUGAUGUUGCACUUUAAUAGCAUUAUAUUAACUUAUUGUAGCAUAAAAAUGCAAUCUUCCAAAAAAGUCAACCAGUAUUCUGCAUAGACUUACUGACUAUUACAAUGCUGCAGUAUAUGGUAAUGUUUUCCCAUGCAAAAUACAUUUACAGUAUACAUUGUUUUUCUUAAUGGCCAAUAAUAUUUAAAGAAACAAGUGCCAAGUUACUGUAAUUAUUGUCCAUUUUACACCCAAAAGCUGCUCCAGUGAUUUACAUGUACAGUAGACCAGUGCAAUAAUAAAAUACCUCCCCGUCUAAAGCCCUCUAUAGCCCUCAUGAUGUAUCAUUCUCCUUUUUCGUGACAACAAGCAAUACACAAUGUGGCACAAUAAAAACUUGGCAUAUAGGAUGUCUAGUGAACAUGUAGCACAACAGGCCUGUGUUUGGCAUCAGAAGGAUAACUGGAAUAUUUGUAUUGUAAAACUUUUUAUUGUAUAGACAAAAGGUAUAUAUAUGUUAGUUUUCAUACAGCAAUGCUAUGCAGUUAUUUACGACUUUAUAAAUAUUUAAUGAAAGAAUGGCACCUUUAAAGAGGUGAUUUAUCAUAAUUUGCUGACUGUAUUAUUUUAAAAGUUCUAACCACUCAAUUUGUAUAUCUGCAUAGAAUCCUAUAACGCACAGCUUUUUCUGUGAAAAAUAACCAGUCUUACUGACUGUAACGCUAAAGCUGGAGUGCUUUGGUCAGCCAACCUUGAGCAUCCAGGAUUUGAAUCAUUGUUUACCAUGAGAGAGAGAUAAAUGUCACUCUGCAUGGGCAGAAUUCCACUCACUGGUAUCUCGCACCAUUUGGGAUUGGCAGUGUGGUUUCAGCUUGUUUUUGAAGUUUGAGGUAUAUUGUUAGUUUGAUCUUAUUGUGGUCAUCACUAGCUCAACCAGUGUUUCCAAGAAAAUCCAAUUGAGAGUUUUUUAAAUCUUUUUACAGUCAUUGAACCAAAAUCAUCAGAGUGAUUAAUGCCUGCACUAUUGGGGUAUUUGAGAGUUGAAUUCUCUAAACCUUGAGGUAAUAUUAAGGUUGUGUAAAAAUGUAUAUAUGUAUCGAAAUUGUACACAUUUUUUCCAUUUUAAAAGCAAACAUGCAUUUCAUGACCUUUAUCUUUUAGGUUACUGUGGAAGUUUUAAUUUAACAUUUUUUAUUUAAUACAUUAUAUAUGAAUGUCCUGAGAAUUUGAUUUUUCUUUAUUAUGUAAGAGAAAGAUUUUAAUGGACUAACUCUUAAAUUGUAAAACUUUUUUAGUGCUCAAUCUACUUAUAUUUUGCAGGGUUCCCCCUAAAAAAAAAGUUUUAUUUUAAAGUCCUUUUACAGAAUAUUUGAAAACCUUGUCUUGUAUAAAUAUGUCCCUAUUUUGAGUGAAUAUUCUGUGCCUUAUUUCUCUGAAAGGUACAUUCUGCUGACCAGUAUAGGUACAUUCCACAGGCUAGUAUACGCCUAUUCUGCUGGCUAUUAUAGGCCCAUUCUGCUGGCCAGUAUAGGUCUAUUCUACCAGCCCCUAUAGGUCUAUUCUACUGGCAGUAUAGGUUCUGAAAAACAAAGCUUGUUUGCAGCUGCUGAGUAAAGAAAGGGUACUCCUACAGGAUGCUUAGCCCAAACAUUUUUAGGUUAAUCCAAUUAAGCCUUAUAGCAAUUGCAUGAUUCCUUUUAAUUUGGCCAGUUACUGCUUUGCUUAUUUGGACUAUAAGCAAACUGUAUGUGUUAAUUCAUAAGGCAGGCAAAAUCACCUAUGCUUAUAUGAUUUGCUGAACACUUAUGUAAGAGAUUUAAGGUAAAGUAAGUUCACUUUAUAACCAAGAUAUUCUUAUAUACUACAUAAUAAAAUAUUACAUGUUUUUAACUUUUUACUACAAUUCUAGAAAAUGUUGGCACACUACUAUACUGACUUACAUUCAUAGGCACUAACUGAAAUUCUCAUGCUAGUUUUAGUUCUAGAAAGGCAGUGGAUAAGAUGUAACACUAUAAAUGAAACUUGUUUUUGUGCUCAUUUAUUAGAGUAAUUUAUAAAUGAAUUUAGGUAUAUUUAUGUGCAUAGUUAUGUGUAUAUUGGGGGAGCAAUAAGCUAUUAUUUUUUAUCGCAAAAUUUGGAAUCUGCAUAGUAGUAACUUUAUAUUAUAUAUGCUUAAAGGAGGAAUGUUGUUUGUUUUUAUUUGCUGGCUAUGUGGAGUGGAAUUCACAAAAUCACUUAAUAGAGGGUAAUGUAUUAAACGGUUUGUUACAUGUCUACUAACUAGCAACCAGUCAGGACGUGGAGUUACUAGUCCUCUUCAUUGGUUGUUAUGGGUUACUAGAUGUUGCUAAAUACUUUUUAAUAUUUAACAUUUAGGAACCUUAUCUAAAAAUACUGAGAUCACAAGCCAGUGUUUUCCAGGCUCUAUAAAUGUUCACAACUGCAAAUGUCAAUACAGGUAUCGGACCCCUUAUCCGGAAACCCAUUAUCCAGAAAGCUCCGAAUUACGGAAAGCCCGUCUCCCAUAGACUCCAUUAUAAUCAAAUAAUUCAGAAUUGUAAAACUGAUUUCCUUUUUCUAUGUAGAAAACUGGUACCUUGGAAUUGAUCCCAACUAAGAUAUAAAUAAUCCUUAUUGGAUGCAAAACAAUCCUAUUGAGUUUAAUUAAUGUUUUAUUGAUUUUUUAGUAGACUUAAAGUGCUGAGAUCCAAAUUACGGAAAUACCCCUUAUCCGGAAUACCCUUGGUCCCGAGCAUUCUGGAUAAUGGGUCCUAUACCUGUAGUAGUAAUAAUCUCAACAAUAAUAAUAAAAUUAAUAUCAGUGAAGGCAAAUGGCAAAUCACUGCAAUCAAAAUACCCCUAGCAGCAAAAGCUUUCUAUUCAGCCAAAUAGGAAAUAGCUGCCUGUGCCACACAGUGAUACGAAUAAGUAUUUAGUUUUCAUCUGAAAUUUCAUUUAAACAUUUCUAUUUGUCCUGGGCAUUAGGCUCCCUUAAUCAUAAGGAAACCAUAAUAAAGUCUAUAAAGUUACAGCAGUUGUGACAUUCCAAUGACUCAUUCAACAGAACUCUCCAUUUAUAGUAAAUCCACUUCAUUGCCUCGAGUGACAAUCACUUUAUUAACACCAUGUCACUGGCUUUCAGCACAAACAAUAACAUUGAUACAAAGUGACUCUAUUUAUUUCCUGUACCAGAAUGAGCAACACUACUAAACAUGUAUUAAGUGUAAACUCACUACAAAUGACAAACAAAAUUCUUGCAUUAUGUUAUUAAUAAUAUUCUGGUUUUACUGCAAGUAUAAAAAAAAUCAUAAUGUUCUGAUUUUUUUUGUUAAAUUUUCAUUUAGUUUUUUGUGCAAUAUAUUUUCCCUUUGGGUUCUUGAAAUGUACAAUGUUAGACUGAUACAUAUUUUCAAAAAACUUGAGCUGAUAUUUAAUAAUAUUAACCCUUUUGCUGUCAGCAGUUGUCCCUACCUUUUGAAAUUAAAGCUUUUUAAACCUCAGACAAGCACAGGGUUGGGUGUGUGUAUAUCAGCUCAAUUUUAUGUACAGGGUGAUUGUGAAUGUUUUUAAAAUGUUUUGCACUUUUCUAGAAACUUCAGAUUUUUAAAGCUGUAACAAUUUAAUAUUUUGUACAGAAAAUAAUUAAACACAUGGAAUUGUAUAUACUGUAACUCCCAUCUGUGGGGUUAAUAAACUUUAUGCUUGAAUUUUAAA